AUGAAAAAUGAAGUAAAAAGUGAAGGUAAGAAUCAUACAAUAUCUGAUGGGAAGAACAAUGCCAAAUGUGAGGGAAAAAACGACGUAACAAAAAAGAGAAAAGACCAAGCACUAAAAGAUUAUAUAUACCAAAAUAUACUAAAAAAAGACAUAUUUAUGAACAUAUUUAAAGGAAGAAAUAAUUAUAGUAACAAUGAGAAAAAAAAGAUAAGUGAGAAUAUUGAAAUUGCAAAAAAAAAGGAGGAUAAUACAAAUAAUGUCGAUAUUAUCCAUAAUGAGGAUGAAGAGUACAUGCUAUUUUUGAGUUAUAUAUAUAAUGAUGUAACUUCAUUCAUUGAAAAUAAUAAAGAUUACAAUUUAAAAGAGUUCGACUUUUUGGACACUGAGGAUCUUAUUAUGGAAAUAUGUGCUAACAUAUGUCAUAAGACUUAUAACAAUAUAAAAAUGAUGUUUAACAAAUCGAAAGAAAGUGAAACAACUUUUCAUAUAGACAGCUGUAUGAAUGAGAAACAUGAACAACAUAGCAACACUAGUUUGAAUGACUCUUCCUUUUUUUUUAUACCUCCGAUGGAGUUCGUUGUGUCAUAUAUUCAUAAGCUGCAAUAUGGUAAAGGCGAUAUUAGCAGAGGUGUGGUAGACUUCAUAAGAAGUAACAACUACGAUAAGCAUCCCUUGCUAUACAGUUGUGAGCCCAACGAGAUAGGCAGGAAUGAAGUUAAAAAUGAACAUGUAAAUACUAGAGACGAACAAGGAGAAGAACAACAAGUUAUGUCUAAAACGUUUUUCCAAAAAGAUUGUCCUCAAUUUACUAAGUACCAACAGAAUGAUGAGAAAAAAAUGUGUAUGAUUACACAAGAAAAAUCUCUUUCUGUAGAAGAACACACUAUUUCUAAUAACAACGAAGAUGUAGCAGAGUAUCCCUGUUCUGCUUCUAAUAUGUGUAAUGGGAAUAUUAAACCCAUUCAUGCAAAUUUAGACCAUUUUAGUUUUCAUAAUGAAAAAAAAUAUGACAACGAACUUAAGGAAAAAAUGCCUAUUAGUUAUAUGUUAAAUGGAGAUGAAAAAAGAAAUUUAGAAUUUUGGACAAACCAUAAGAAUUAUAUUAAUUCUGUACAUAAAACUCAGUUAAUGGGAAAUAAUCCUUCCACUCAAAAUAUAACAAUAAAUAGAAAUGACAAUUUUGAAGAUUUUGAGGAUCCUCAUAGUAAUGAUAUCUCCAAUUCAAACAAUUCAGAUGGAGAUUCCUUUUGUAAAUAUUAUGACUGUGUUAAUAAUUUUUCUUCAAAUUUUUUUAGCGCGGAGGUUAAGGAGGAACACAACAUGAUAUCCAUGAAUAAUGAGGGAAAGGGUUACACUCAUUUCGAGAAUGCAAAAACAGAGCGGAAAGAUGAUAUGUCAAUUUCGAACUGCAGAACGAUGAGGGAUGUCAACCUGAACAUUAUCAGUAACGUUAGCAGUAGUUUCCACUGUGGUGGUAUCGGGAAAGAUGGUGAUAACCAUUACAACGAUAACGAGAAAUUCAACACUUGUGGUAGUACCUACAACAAGGAGCACGAAGACAGCGCUUCUAACAAAGAAGAGGGGGAAGAACAUACUCCAAGAAAAACUGACUCUUCUUUUAGUUCUCAUAUUUCGUAUUCAUCCGAAGCGAUAAAAACUAUUUUUCCUGUAAAAGAAAUAUCAUGUAAUAUCCAGCAGCAAAAAAUGAAUUUUUUGAAUCAUGAAAUUAUUUCUGACCAUGUUAAGGUGAAGGAUAUUCACGCCGAUGUAAAGGUGUUGCACCACUGUGAUUAUAAUAUGGAUGAAGAUACAAAUGAUGAUGAUACAGUAGGUGGUGGAGGUAGUGAUAUAGGUUCUAUCGGUGUUAAUAGUAACUGUGUGCAAAAUAACGAUUCAACUGAUAACAUUAUUAACACAGGAAAGGAUGGAUUUCCAGUUAGUGCUUAUGAUGACUCUUGUAAUAUUACGAGUAGUAAUUACUUAAGUACAACUGGAAAACUAAAUGAUAAUAUGGAGGAAUAUAACCUCGAUACGCAAGGAAUCGCAGGGGAUACAAACGGAAAUUCGUUUGAAAAUGCAAACAAUGGUAUUGUAUGUCUUCCAAAAAAAGAAUGUAACACUCGGGAGGAAAAAAAUAGGACGAAUUACAAUGCUGCUGCUACUACGUGUACUACUACUAAUAAUAAUGAUUAUAAUAAUACCAGUGAAAGCAUGUCAAAAGACGAAGAGGAUGGUGAGAGCGAAUUUUCAAAAAAAAAAGUAGAAUUCAAUGAAAGUGAAUACUACGAAAAAGCAGAGAAACGAAUGAUAAACAAGAAAAUAUUUAAAGAUGAAGAUCAAAAGGAAUUUACUAAAAAUUAUAAUUUACAUGAUGAUUAUUAUUAUUUCAAAUAUUUAAAUAAAUGUGAAAAUACAGCCAACCCUUAUCGUUAUACGAAGGUUCAGAAAAAAGCAAAUAUAAACGUAACGCCUUCUCCCUUCCCCCAAUUUUUAAGAGAUAUACAGAUUUACAAUAUUAGCCAAAAAAAAAUUAGAUUAAAAAAGUAA